AUGGCCCAGGCCAUGGGCUUCUCAUCUUUCGGCCACCAAAACCGGCCCCAGAAGCGCAAAUACAACCCUCACGCCGACGCAGUCAUCAGCUCAGACUCCAAGACCGCCCAGCGCGCGGCCAAGCCCUCUGCUACGGGCUCGAAUUCCACGCCUCUCGGCGUGCCCAGCAGCAAGCCCAGUCAGGCCGCUGCUAAUGCGGAUGAGAUUGACCUGGACGACGAGGAUGAAGACGGGGCUGGCAAUGCUGAUGACGACGAUAUCGCAUCAAAUACAGCAGCCGGCGUUCCUGAAUCUGCAGCGACCGCGGCGGCGUUAGUGCGCCCUCAUGGGUUACCAGAGCGCCCCGUUCCAGGGACCGGGUUCAUUGGGUCAUCGGGCGGUCAUGGACACCAGGACGGCUCACGGCAUGACAUCUGGUACGAUGGAUAUUACGACCCCAAGUCGAAUGAGAACCCAUGGAGACGGCUGGAGGGAUCCAAAGGCCUGCAGUCCGUGGGCUCAUGGCUCCCCUAG